AGUCAUAUCAUAAGUCACACAUUCAAAACCAUAAAAUCCUCACUAACUCUUUUGAGAAAAUAACAACAUUAGUCCAAAAAAUGGAGUCCAAAGGGUCAAUUUUAAUUAAGCUUCUUUUGCUUCUUCAAUUAUCUGUUCUUUGUGCUUCACAAAAAUCACAGGAUUUUGAUUUCUUCUACUUUGUUCAACAGUGGCCAGGAUCAUAUUGUGACUCAAAGAAGAGUUGUUGCUACCCAACAAGUGGAAAGCCUGCUGCAGAUUUUGGAAUUCAUGGUCUAUGGCCUAAUUAUAAGGAUGGUUCAUACCCAUCUAACUGUGAUCCUAGUAACACCUUUGACCCAUCUCAGAUUUCUGAUCUCACAAGUAGUUUACAAACAAAUUGGCCUACACUAGCAUGUCCAAGUGGUGAUGGAAUUGCAUUUUGGACCCAUGAAUGGGAGAAACAUGGAACUUGCUCAGAAUCAAACCUUAAACAACAUGACUAUUUUGAAACAACUCUUAACUUGAAACAAAAGGCCAACCUCCUCAAAGCUCUUACUAGUGCAGGAGUACAACCUGAUGGAGGAUCCUACAGUUUGAGUAACAUCAAAGGAGCAAUACAAAAUGCAGUUGGGUUUGCACCAUUCAUUGAAUGCAAUGUGGAUUCAUCUGGCAACAGCCAACUAUACCAAGUGUACUUGUGUGUGGACACUUCUGGAGCAGAUUUCAUUGACUGCCCAGUUUUCCCUCAUGGCAAAUGUGGAUCUGAGAUUGAGUUCCCAACUUUUUAAGUGCUAGUUUAAUUUCUAUGAAAAUAAUCUCAGGUUUACAUAUUGUACUUUCAUGUAUCCAAUUCAACUUGGUAAAAAAAAUGUAUUCAAUCUAAUAUUAGUGAUGAUUUAAUUUGAAGCUUGUUUAUUACUAUUAAAUAAUUGGACUUUAUAUUCUAUUCUAGAAACAUGCAAACGAAUCAUAAUAAGGUUUGUGUUUGUUUCGGAGGUUAAAAUUAUAAUAC